CUUCAUUCAGAUGUCAUGUGGGGCUGAGUGAGAGAAGUUGUUCUGACUUCUUCGUGUCUGAAAGGAAAUUUCACUGUGUAGGAUUAAUUUAAAAAAAAGUCCAGCCUUUAUUUCUAGGAGCUGAGGAAGGUUUAUUAUUGUUGUUGAACCUGUCUUAACUUUCAGUUUUUUUUAUUCCGACUAAACACAAACCUACACAUGGAUGACUCAAACCAGCAACCACAUGGAUACGGGGGAGGACAACAGAGAAGUCAGCAUUCCAGACCGUUCUUCUACGUCCAGCCACCGUCUCAGCCUUAUUACGUCUACCAGCACUGGCAGCUCAACAACCCCUACAGUCACUACGGUUUACCUGGAGCUUUCAACUACAGCCGUCCCUACAUCCAUCCCUACCAGUACAUGCAGUACCCUGGCUUCAUGUUCCCACAUGCUCCGCUGUAUCCGGUCGACUACAGAAGAAUGUUCGAGCCCCGGUUCCAUCCUCCCACCUGGGGCCAGCAGCAUCACCCGCAGCCUCAGGGGCGUCGAGAAAUGGCCUGCUCGGAGGCCCAGACGGACCCCAACGACGCCAUUAGCAAACUCAUCGAGUGCUUAGACAAAAUACGAACCAAUGAGCUCAGACACGGCGCAGAGAGGGAGCUGGACUCUGGGGUGGCCUCGCACUCGUCAGGCAUGUUCUCCCCAGUGGAAGAGAGAAAAGGUGACGAGCAGGGACACGUCCUGCCAUCACUGCCUGGUAAUCUGGCCAGUCCAGCUGUGGUCUUCAGUGACUCCACGACAGCAGUGUACGACGAGUCCAGUCACAGGAGCCUGGACACCAUGAGCCCUGAGGGUUGCUGGUCAGGAGCGUUGGAGGAGGAGUUGCCUCUGGAUAGCUCCUCUGUUCAUGAAGAACGUGUACAGGUGGCACAAACAGCAGGUGAUGAAGCUUUUAUCUCAUACGGGGCAGUAGAGGUCGCUGAUGUCCAGUCAGACAUUGUAGCGCCUGAGCUGAAAGCUCCCAAAUGUCAAGCAGAAGAACUGAAGCCCUUCCACCUGACUCCCUUCUUUUCCUCUGACCAGCCGGUGGCCAAGGAAGGUAAAAUCACUGACCCCUCAAAGACGCACUGUCCGGGAGUUUCUUCAGACCAAGAACCACCUGACCCCAGCUGCAGGAUCCUCCGACUGCCCUUCGAGAGCAUCCUGACGCCUAAAGUGUCAGGCGGUGACCCCCUCUCUUCUGCGUCCCCCUACUUUUAUAACUACCUCUCCGUGCAGACAACCCAUGAACGUAUGAGCGUGCUCAGCCCGUCCCUGGAUGAGCUCUCCUCCAGGGAGGAGAUGUUCUCCACAGACCUGGAUGAUGUGGAUCUUUUCCCUAAGACCGUCUACACAAGCGGACAGCGCCGCCCUCCGCGGCUGGCAGAGGCCAGCGCUGCAUCCCCCCGAACCACGGAGGAAGCAGAAGAAGUCUGGCUGCCAAGUUCAAAGAGGGGGGUGACGUGUGCCUGCUGCGGAAAAACCCUGCUCAAAGGCAGCGGCCGCAGUAAAGUCCAAACCUCAGCGGCGUACAAAGAUGAGGCCGGAGACUCGGAGGAGGAGAGCAGGUACAGACGGGGACGCGAACAGCCGCUGAGAGUGGUUGUGAGGAAGCACGUCUCACCCAGGAAGCAUCCCCCACCCCCGCUGAGACCUCCAGGAAAACCCUGGUACAAAAGAGGGCAGUACAGAGAGGCUUCAGACCUGUGUGGUCAGGAGGACGCUCAUGAGCUCUGUAAGAAGAAUCCAGACGAUGGAGAGGUGGCAGAGGAGACCAGCGGUGAACUGCAGUGUAGAACAUGCCAGGAUGGACUCUGCAGAGAAGAGCUGACCUCAGGUGACCAGACCAGGUGGGGGGAGGUCAGUGCUUUUCCCAGGAGGAGACAAACAACUCCUGUGAAACGACAAGAGAUGAGCGCUCAGAGGAAGGUGAUGUAUCACCGGCCGAGAGAAGACGACAAUGACGAGGAUGAGCCUCCGCCGCUGCACUGGGACAGAGGCUCCUCCAUCAGAGAACCCAGAUGUUAACGUCCCUGGACCUUUGAACUAUCCCCACAAAGGUGUAAAUAUUCCAGGAGGAAAGACUUAGAUCACUGGGUGAAAAGCACGGCACAGGAAGACUCUUUUUGUUAGAAUGAAAUGUAACGAGUAAAAAAAAAACCAUGUAUAAAGUUUCAUUAUCACUGCCUUACACGAAAUGAUUUCACAAAGGUUGAUGCAGUUGGUGGUGUUUGACUGAUUUGGGGUCAGUCCAUUAAAAUAUUGUCAUUAUUUAA